UCGAAACGACACUAGUGAAAAGUAAGAAAAAAAGGAAAACUUUAAAGUAAAAUGAAAUGCAAAUAGUUUAACACUUUUACCUAAGCGUGUGUGUGAAAAUAAUAAAAAAAUAUAAUAUUUAAUAUAAUAUACAAAACACUCACGUUCACGCUCAAACACGCACGCAUACACGCACACACACACAUAGACAGCAAGUCGGACAAUUCCUUUGAUUUGCAAUCCCCUCGCAGCUGCAACGCAAAUUCCAAAGAGGAGCGGGGCCAGAGAAGAGCCCACGGAAAAGUUUCGCAUCCUGGGCACUCGGACAGGAAACCACAAUAAUUGCCAAGAUGCCUUGGUCCUCAAGGGAUUGAUAACAAGAUUAAACGAUUAAAUUAAGGCCACGCCCCAGUGAGGAUUGACGGGGCGCGCAAAGAAGAGGUGUUGUGUGGUGAGGUGAAGAGGAAAGAAGAGGAGAGGAAGGGAGGAAGUCUCUAGUGAGCGCUGCUGGAUAGCAUGUUUAGUCCAUUCAAAAAGAUAUUCACGUAUAUACAAAAAAAUGCCAGCAGCUCGAAUAUGUUUGGCCAAACAUCAAUAGCAACCACAACAAGCACAGCACCAGCGACCAGUAGAUUAAAUGCCGACGAGGAAGGCGGGAGACUGGAGGAGCAACUACAGCAAGAGCCACAAAUCGAAGACGAAGAAGAAGAGGAAGAUGAUAUUGAGAGACAAAUCAAGACAUCGAUAAUCGAUGCAAGUAAAGUGAAAUCAUUGCCCAUACAAUUAGAUGAUGAAUUGGCUGAUUUUGCUCAUGAUCCUGUCGAGCAACAACAACAACAGCAGCAACUGCACCUUGAGGAUGAUCAAUUGGAAGAGGAAUUCCUGGAGCUCGAUGAUUUUCCCAACAAUGAGAUUAUUGUCAUCGAUACGGAUCUCAAUUCAUCUCUAGCUUCGGAUAAUGUAUCCGAAGAUCCUUUGGCCAUUGAUACCAUAUUGGAUUCAUCAUCGGUGACCACCAAUGAUGAAGUGGACACAAGUAGUGAUAUAUUAUGGUUAAAAAUAAAUCAUCAGGAAACAACAACAAAUGCGGCAAAUGCCCAUCAAACGGAGACAAGUAGACAAACAGAUGAGCUGAGGGGAAAUACGGGGGAACCUCCAAAGCCGACCAAGACCAAAGAGGAGGAGCUACGAAGCAGCGAUGGUGGCUCAGAUUCAGGCUUGGGCAGUGAAACUUCUAUUAUUAAAGAGACGACAACGACGACGACGACGACCUCAUCAUCCACCAAUAGCCCAAUAAAGCCUAUACGAUCCAAUCUAAAACGACGUCUAGAGGUUGAAGAUGGCAUCGAUUUGGCUAUACCAGAUAUAGCCAGUGGCAGCUCAUCCACACAAGCUACACCUCAAGCUCAAAAGCGUCCCAAACGUUGCAUCAAUUUCGAUAAUGUCAAAGUCUAUUACUUUCCACGUCAGCAGGGUUUCAGUUGUGUGCCCACUGCCGGGGGCUGCACCCUCGGAAUGGGUGCCAGGCAUAUUGCCUUCAAGACAAUGACAUUGGCGGAACAUGCAGCCGAGCUAAGACGAGCACAUCGUAAUCAAAAUCAAGACCUGCAAACUCGAGGCUCCAGCACAGAUGAUAGCGAAGAAUCCGAGGAGGAUUAUCUAAGCGAGAGUAGCAGCUCAGAUCCGGAUGAUGGUUCCAAUGGCUUCCUGCAACCGGUGACCCCCAAGCAAAGGCGAGCCCUGCUCAAGGCGGCGGGAGUACGAAAAAUCGAUGCUAGCGAGAAAAGUGAUUGUCGUGAUAUUCGAAAUUCACGUGAGGUUUGCGGCUGUUCGUGUCGAGAAUUCUGCGAUCCCGAGACCUGUGCCUGCAGCCAGGCGGGCAUCAAAUGUCAAGUGGAUCGUGCCAUGUUCCCAUGUGGUUGUUCGCGAGAGGCUUGUGGCAAUACUGUCGGUCGUGUUGAGUUCAAUCCGACGCGAGUGCGUACCCAUUAUAUACACACAGUGAUGCGUUUGGACUUGGAGCAACGGCAAGGGGUCCAGCAACAGCAGCUGCAGCAACAAUCCAACAGCUAUACAAAUGGUGGUGCUAGUGGAGCAACGCAAUCUGCCGCAACUUCGCCUCAUUGUUAUUUCAUGCAGACGCAAUCGAAUUAUAGUUCAGGUUAUGCCUCGCCAGCUUAUACGCCGGAUAGCAGUGUUAGCUACUAUCAGCAACAACAACAACAGCAGCAGCAGCAACAAAUUGUUGCUGUCAACUUGCCUGGAAAUUCAGCUAUCCAACAACAGACUCAAUACUCUGGUUACACUCAAUUGGAUAGUCUCGAUUCCGAUUUGUUUGGCAGUAAUAGCAAUGGUACUCCCGCCUAUGGAGAACUCUAUCAAUCACUGAGCUAUGGCAAUGCUCAGAUUACUUCCUACCAAACUGUCUCCUAUCAGCAUACAUCAUCACCCGCCGUCGCCGCUGCCACAGCUGGAGCUGUUGCAGUCAACUCUCCUGCUGGCACGCCCAGUGCUUUUAGAUCUUGUUCCGUGCCGUCGGCUCCACCGUUUGGUAAUGCCACCACAACAGCCUCAUCCACCAAUUCCCAAUAUCAGACCACCGCCUCAAUGACAGCUGCGUCAACAACAACCAAUGGCAAUGGUUGCUCACCUCGUCUUGGUGGCAAUUCUGUGGCCUCCGUAGCAGCAGCGGCAGCAUCCGCAUCCUCGCCAGCCGAAUUCAUAAGCCUCAAUUCACCCAUUGCAAGUUCGUCGCGUCUGUCGCAAAUAAAUGAUUUACUGCAGCAUAAUCGUAAUACAACAGCUGCCCUGGUGGCCGUCUCAGAGGGUUAUGGUGGAGUUAGAAUAAGCUCGAUAUCAUCAUCAUCAUCAUCAUCGGCGGCAGCCACCAAUAUUGAUUCCAUUGAAACGCCACCCAUUGUUGAGGAUGCACAACAUCGAAGUUGUAUGACCUUUGAAGAGCUGCCGCCACCUUUGAUCAAUCCCACGCCCAUAGUGACUGUGGUAGAGACAAAAUUGCCAGAAAUAUCAGCAGUAUCCUCCCUAUCAGCAAACAUACAAGGACCACAACCACGUCAGCCGCUGGAUGUGCAAUCUCUGACAGAAACCACUUAGAGAUUGGGUACAGAGAAUAAAUCGUGGAAUAGUUUUUUAUAGCAAUUUUACACAGCAGAAGACUUAAUUAUGUUUAAGGCGGCGGACGUUAACGUUAGAAUGGAUAGAAUUGGUAAUCAAAAUGUAUUGAAAAGUGAAAGAGGCGUGGUGAGCCAUCAAAUCAACUUUGGAGACCUUUUCAAUCGAGAGAGAGAGCGUGGGCUGGAAAUUCUUCAUCCUUCCCUCCUCGCCUUGUGUAUAAAUCAUUUUUAAUUGUUAAACUCGUAAUUAGACAUUAAGUGCAAAUUAUAAUUAGGUAAAAUACUUUGUUGCUUAAGUUUCGUUUAACUUUUUCCUAAAAACAAAAAACAAAAACAUAAACAAAAAGCAGUUAUUGAAUUAUGAUAAAUCUUCCAACCAAA